GUCUUCAGCCUUACCAGGACGAGAGAUUGUGGGGCCUUUAGUCUUUAUCAUCAAGUGAAUUUGCUGCGACAAAGAACAUAGCACAGCGUGUCAGACAAGAUCAAAGCGGCUCUGUUGCAUCUGAUUCUGGGAAUGAAAGAACAAGAGAACAAGAAGACCCCGAAGAGAUAUAUACUAGUAUUAAUUCAGAUGAUCUUCGACGACUUAAAGGCAGGAUGAACCGUGAAGAUGCUGCAGCGAGCCUUGGCGUUAGCGUAUCCACAUUUAAACGCAAAUGUAGGGAUUACGGGAUCAAUCGGUGGCCACAUAUUAGGAAAAAAAAAGUUGGGAGACCCCCCGAUCAACAUGGAGAAGGAAAUACAUCAACCGCAUGCGAGACGCCAUCACAUCAUGUGCAAACUGGGAUGGGGGGUGAACCGGUUGGUCAAAAUCAGGAGGCAAAUGUGUUACGACAAGAUUUUAUGGGAGGCCCAAUUGCUUUGAACAUAGAAAGUGGUUUAAUAAUGGUCGCGAGACCCCCUGAUCAACAUGGAGAAAAUAAUACAUCAACCGGAUGUGAAGUGCCAUCACAUAAUGUGGAGACUGGGAUGGAGAUUGAACCCGUUUGUCAAAAUCAGGAGGCAAAUGUAUUUCGAUGAGAUUUUACGGAAGGCCCAACUGCUUUGCAUACAGAAAAUGGUUUAAUAAUAGGGAGUUCCUCUGAAUGGGCAAGUCAAGUGAAUGAUCAAUCAACUUUGUCCACUCCUUAUCAAAAUCACAAUGCUCUUGUAUUUCCCCAGCCUCAAAUAACAUCGAUGCUAAGUGAGAACAGGGGUGGUUCAAUAGAUUGGACGAAUUCUUUAGCUUCACAAGCAAAGCCCUUUUCAGACAGACACAUCUCUGGAUCUAUCUGGAGACUCCCUGAUCAACUGGAAGGUCAAACAAUGCAGUUCACUGCCCAUGCAAAUCCAAAUGCUCUUGGGCUUCCACAGUUUCAGAUAGCAUCGUCCCAGGUGCCAAGUGCGAACGAAGGUAGGAUAGCUUCACAAGUUGAGGCCUUUUUUAUGGGACAUGUCUCUGAGUCUAGCAAUUUAGCAUUUCCUGAAUAUUCUGAUGCAGCAGCUCCUAGCCAACCUGUGGCUACUAUUCUCCCAGAAAGGCAAGGUCCGAGGUCCGUGAAGGUAAAGGCAACAUAUGGGAAUGGGAAUAGGAUAAUAAAAUUCCCGCUCCCUCUCACGUCUGGAAUUAAGGAACUGAUGCAAGAAGUGUCAAAGACACUGGACUGGGAGCUUGGUAGUUUCGAUGUUGAUUAUAAGGAUGAGGAU